AUGGCCACUCUACCAGUCGAAGAGGUAGUGCUCACUGAGGAGGUCCUGGAGCGCUUUGAAGAGAAAUUUCGAAGCAUGAAAUGGGACACCUUCGAGCUCCCAGACGGUCCCUUGCCCACCCUCGAGAGGUUUGCAAGGCAUGGAGGUCCGGAUCUGAGCAAUUUGCGUUCCAUAAAAUCUAGCAAGUGGCUAGCGAGGUCGAUCAAAACCGGGAACGAUAUCAGACCUCGAGCAUGGUCGUCCGCCGGUGCAAACCUUAGCGAUUUCGUUUCGUCCAACAUCUACCUCAUGCUGAGCCGAAAAUUCCAUCAACAUGCAGUCACCGAUGCCCACCAUCAGAGAAUAGAGUGGUAG